GAGGCUGGACGCGCGGCGCUGCCUCCCUGCAGGAGCCGAAGCCGAGCGCGCAUCCUCAGGCUUCGCCUGUCUCUUACAGCCCUUCGUGCUCCCCGACUAAAAGGAGAAGAUGGGCACGGGGGAUUUUAUCUGCAUCUCCAUGACCGGAGGGGCGCCCUGGGGCUUCAGACUGCAAGGUGGCAAGGAGCAGAAACAGCCCCUACAAGUUGCUAAGAUCCGAAGCCAGAGCAAAGCCUCUGGGUCUGGGCUCUGUGAGGGCGAUGAAGUGGUUUCCAUCAACGGCAACCCGUGCGCAGAUCUCACCUACCCCCAGGUCAUCGAGCUCAUGGAGAGCGUGACGGACUCCCUGCAAAUGCUCAUCAAACGACCUUCCAGUGGAAUAAAUGAGACUUUGAUCUCUGGAACUGAAAUCAAAAACCACGAGCAUCUCCCCCAGGAGGGGUGCAUGGAAAGCACCACCCUGCAGAUCCGACCGGCCGCAAAAUGCCAGUACAGAGAGUCCUGCGGCACCCCCAUCAAGAGUGGAGCCCCCCUUGCUGAGGACCAAGGAAGUGGUCCUGGUUUUUCUGGGAACAAAACAGAAGAAACAGUCCUGAGCUACCAGGUGGUCCCUCACAUGUCUGGCGCCCCAAGAGGACACUUGACAGGGGAGGCCAUCCUGUGGGAGAAGGCAGCAGUGGGGCAGCCAGGCCCUGUGGUUAAGCUACAGCUGUCCCUUUCCCCUGAGGGACCCAAGGGCACUAGAGCCCCUGCCGUGGCUCUCCUGGGGGCGGAACAACUCAAGUCUCCUGACCCAGAUCCUAACUUACACCAGGGCAGGGCUGUCCACAUACACUCAGUCCCCACUGAGGACAAAGGGGACCCCUCUCCGCGGUCCAGCAAGAUAAUUCAGAUCUCCAGUGGCCACGAGCUGAGAGUGCUCCAAGCCAGGGAGGCCGGGGACGCGGGGCUGCCCCGGGUGGAGGUGAUCCUCGACUGCUCUGACACGCAGAAGGCGGAAGGGUGCAGGCUUCAGGCAGGAAGCGGGGGUGUGGAUGCUCCCUGGGAAGGAGGGCCGUCAGAAGCACCUCCUUCUCUGGUCUCCUUUGCCGUCUCAUCAGAAGGCACCGAGCAGGGAGAAGAGCCACGCUGGGAAAGGGAUCCCAGCAGACCGCACAAGCACAGAGCGCGCCACGCACGGCUCCGGAGGAGUGAAAGCCUCUCCGAGAAGCAGGUGAAAGAAGCCAAGUCUAAAUGCAAAAGCAUCGCCCUGCUCCUGACCGACGCCCCCAACCCCCAUUCCAAGGGGGUGUUGAUGUUUAAGAAGCGGCGGCGGCGGGCACGGAAGUUCACGCUCAUCAGCUACGGGACGGGCCAGCUGGGGCGGCAGGGGGACGCGGAGGUCGAGGACGACGGCGGCGACGGGGACGACGCCUGGGAGGAGGCUCUGCUGGGCGCCAGCGAAUCGGACGCAGACGAGGAGCUGCCGUCAGACGCGGACGACAGCGCGCGCGUGGUGAGCUUCGACUGGGAUUCGGGACUGGGGGACAUUGAGAGGAGACUGGGCCGCGGGGACACGAUGGACCUGCUGCCGGACACCACGGGCAAGGGGGCGCUCAUGUUCGCGCGGCGGAGGGAGCGGAUGCACCAGAUCAGCGCCCAGGAGGAGGAGCGCGCGGGCGGCCUGGGCCCCGCGCCUUCCCCGCAGCGGGCGGAGCAGGUGGCGCCGAUGGCGCAGCACUCGGCGCGCGGGAGCUCCGUCGAGGUGAGCCGGGGGCCCGGCCCCGCGCCCCAACACAACGGCCUCAGGGCGGCGCCCGAGACGGCGGAGGCCGGCAGGAUGGCGCCCACCAACAGGACGGCCAAACCCUUCCCGGGGCCUGGGAACCCGCCCGCCACGCUCUUCUCCGCACCCCGGGGUGCGACCAGCCCCAUGGCCGACUUUCCCGCGCCCCCGCCUUACUCUGCGGUCACACCGCCCCCGGAAGCCUUGGCCAGAGCGGCGUCGAGCCCCGUGGCCGGCCCCGCACAGCCCCCGCCGUGGCCGCAGCCCGCCCCGUGGUCCCCGCCGACCUUCUACGACUCGUCGGAGCGCAUCGCCUCCCGAGAUGAAAGGAUCGCGGUGCCGGCCAAAAGAACAGGCAUACUGCAGGAGGCCAAGAGGAGAAGCACGGCGAAGCCCAUGUUCACCUUCAAGGAGCCCAAAGUGAGUCCCAAUCCCGAGCUCCUGUCGCUCCUCCAAAACUCGGAGGGCAAACGGGGCGCGGGAGCUGGCGGCGACUCGGGCCCCGAGGAAGACUACCUCAGCCUAGGGGCAGAGGCCUGUAAUUUCAUGCAAAGCCCCUCUGCCAAACAAAAGACACCACCUCCCGUCGCUCCCAAACCUGCCGUGAAGUCCUCGUCCUCCCAGCCAGUCACUCCCGUUUCUCCAGUCUGGUCGCCCGGAGUGGCUCCCACCCAGCCUCCUGCCUUCCCCACGGCCGGCCCAGCGCAGGGCACCGCGGUCUCGUCCAUCAAAAUAGCCCAGCCUUCUUACUCUCCCGCCCGGCCCGCGAGUGCCCUCAACCUGGCUGGCCCCUUCAAAGGCCCACAAGCAGCAGUGGCCAGUCUGAACUCCACAGCCAAGCCCACGGCUCCCACACCAGCAGUGGGCGCUGAGCACGCUGCCGCGGUGGGGCCGUCCCACGAGCUCCCGGGGAUGCGCGGGAAAGGGGCCCAGCUCUUUGCUAAGAGGCAGUCGCGGAUGGAGAAGUACGUGGUGGACUCGGACACGGUGCAGGCCCACGCCGCUCGCGCUCAGUCCCCCACGCCGUCGCUCCCGGCUGCGUGGAAGUACUCCUCCAACGUCCGAGCACCGCCUCCCCUGGCCUACAACCCGAUCCACUCCCCGUCCUACCCACCGGCCGCCAUCAAGUCCCAGCCGGCAGCGCCACAGGCCUCCAAGACCAGCAAGAAAAAGGGCAAGAAGCCCCUCAAUGCUUUGGAUGUCAUGAAGCACCAGCCCUAUCAGCUAAAUGCGUCCUUGUUCACUUUCCAACCCCCAGAUGCAAAGGCUGGCCUCCCCCAAAAGUCACCCGCUAAGGUCAGCUCGGUACCGGCCAUGAAGCAGCAAGCUCUUCCUCCCCGGGCCGUGAACGCCAGCUCGCCCACCGGCCUGCGGGCCUCGUCUGUGUACUCGGUGCCAGCCUACAGCGCUCAGCCGGCCUUCUUCGCGGAGGCCACCUCACCGGUCAGCGCCUCCCCAGUGCCCGGGGGCAUUCCCAGCUCGCCAAAGCAAGAGUCAGCCUCGGCAGCGUAUUUUGUGGCGCCAAGGCCGAAGUUCUCGGCCAAGAAAAGUGGUGUCGCAGUUCAGGAGAUGGCACGCUCCCUGUCUCUCCCUGGAAGACCGGUCCCACCCGCCCUUCCUACAACAUCGCCGUGGGCCUAUCAGCCGGCCUGGAGCUACCCUACUGAGCCAGCUAGGGGCUUCGAGAAAGCCAGCAGGAGGCUGACCCCUUGGGAAGCGGCAGCACAGUGUCCCCUUGGCCGAGUGGAUGCUGCCUUUGAACCCAGAAGCAUCCAGGAAUCCAUCGUGGCAAACGUGGUCUCAGCAGCUCGGAGGAAGGUGCUUCCCGGGCCCUCGGAGGGCUGGAAUGAGACACUGUCCUGCGUCCCCCACGCCGCGAAGGCCAAUGUGGGCGCGUUGGGGCCACAGCACAGUGCCGGGUCCCUCCCCAACGACGGUAUGCUCACCAACGCCCAGUACGGCCAACAGCCGCCAUACACAUGCUACAGGCAGCCUUCCAGAAAUGAUUCUGAAAUCACCUCUGAUCACUGUCUUUCCGUAGCCGACGGCAACUAUAACCCACAGCCACGGGGGUGGAGACGCCAAACAUGAAAGUCAGAACUGGUCGUGUGCCACCGACAACAGUAACUUUUACACGUUCCUUUGCAGGGUUUUUGACUUAUCCGGCACAUUUAGACUCACGCCGGUCUUAGCUUGUUCUCAGAGUCCUCUCUCUGAGCGUGUGUGUGCGCGUGUACACAUGUGAGUGUGAGUCAUUUCCUUGUCUGCUGGUGCAUGGAGAAUUUCUUUGAAGAAAAAAUGCAUUUUCUGCACUGAUGUGCAGGCACUUAUACCUAAUUCAUAAUCCCAAUUCCAUUUAUGCCAUGAACAUGGGGGAAUCUAGGCAACCAAACAAAGCUCAAUUAAAUGAAAUUCCGCCUUUUCUUCUAUGAGUCUUAUUCCAAGAAGGAAUUAAUGAAAUGCAGUGAUUGUUAUUAGCGGUGACAAUGAGGUGUGUAACACUGCAGAGGCUUUCAGGGGGAGCGUGCCAGGGAACAGUCAUUCCAUAAAAAAGAUGUCCUUGGUGUUACUUUAAGCAUGGCUCAGAAACACUUAAAAAUGUAUUAAAAUUCAGGUUUGGUUUUCAGAAUUGAAAUGUAGGCAUGCUCAGAAAGAAAGAAAAAUCUGAAAGGAAGAUGAUUAUACAUUUCAGAGGACUUUUGAGGUAAAUGGUGUAACGCGUGGGGAGUAGAAAGCCUUAGGUAUGGGAUGUAUUUUUAAUCUGGUUAAAGCCAGCAGCCUGAGACAGGAAUAGACUUGGGGUUCCAGUACCCUCAUUGGCCAGAGGAGCAGAUCAGAUGAUCUAAUCUCUUGUAUCCUUAACAGCUCUGAUACUCUGAGAUACUCUCAUUGAUGCAUUAUUCAUUUUUGCUGCUCAUCGUAUAAAUAUCAGGUUAAAUUUAGGGGUGGAUUAGGUCAUUGGUGUCACUUAAGUAUCAUUAAAGGCCUAAAGGAAUUGUUGGGCGGCAGGUUUUGUGCUACGUGUUACAUGGAGUGAGGGUUGAUGUGACUAAAAAAACGUGAUGGAUUUAAGGAAGUGGCAGAUGGCUGUGUCUGUUAUUAUACAGCUGAGGGGCAUGAUCAUUUAUUUAGUUAUAGAAAACAUGCCCCAGGAGCCUAUGCAACAAGUGGUGUUUCUUUACAUAAAGUCAUCACCAGGAUGUUAACAGAAGUCAGACCGCUGCGUGGUCCAUCAUGACCUGUACUCGUCAGUGGGACCACGAGACAGUCAAGCACCACCCUC